AUGGCUUCUAAUUCAAACUGUGGUGCUCUUACAACACGCAGCAUGACUAACAUAUGGCUGAUUGGACAGUUACAAAGUGAACUUUCAGUAAAUGUAUUGCCUACAACAGGUGAUGUCCUGAGAAUGUUUUUUUAUUAUCAUCAAGUAGAAAAGAAAACUGAAAGUGCAAAACUGUCGUCAGAUAAGGUCAUGGACAUGUGGAACAAGGCUAGAAUACCAACAACCUACCAUAUUCAUGUUGUAGAAAAAGUAAAUGAAGCACAACGAGCACGAGAGAAGGAAUUUGAAAAAAAGGAGCACAUGCUGUUUGAUAUUGCUCACCAACACGCCAUGCAGCUCAUCCGAAUUCAGGAAGAUAUAGAAUUUCUUGAAGACCAGAGGGGCAGUCGACGAAUGCAAAUGAGUGGCAUUGAUAAAGACCUGACCAAGAAAGAAGAGCGCACAGAACAACGUAAAUGCAAAAAAGAAGAGAGAAAAGAGCGAGAGCAGAAGCGGAUGACAGAAAGUACCUCACUACAUUUAUCUAGUUCUGAUGACAGUGAUAGUGAACAGCAGGACACAGAGGACAACUAUGAAAUUGAAAUUCCAGUGUACUACAAAAAGCAGAUCAGUGAAGUAGAAGACAGUCUGUCAAGCAGUGCCAGCAAAAAAACACGAACUGUGCAGGAUAUGUUGUCGUCGCCAGAUGUUGCUUCAGCACUGGAUAGAAUAAACCUGUCAGAUAGAAAGUUCACAGUAUUAGCAGCAGCCAUUGCACAAGCUAGUGGGCAAGACAUCAGGGAUACAUCUCUGUCACGUUCCACAGUUCAUCGUAAACGACAGCAACAUCGAUCAACCAUUGACAGCAGUAUUCGUCAACAAUUUCAGGAUCGUGACAGAAACCCCCUUCUGGUUCACUGGGAUGGGAAGAUCAUGAAUGAUGAUCCACACUCCAGAACUGAUAGACUGGCUGUUGUUGUGACUGGCUGUAAUGUGGAGAAAAUCUUAGGAAUUGUUAAAAUUGCAUCAAGCACGGGACAAGCACAGGCCAAUGCAACUUUUCAGUUGCUCAAAUUAUGGGACGUUAGUGAAGACAUUAUAGGCAUGUGCUUUGAUACUACUGCUGCCAAUACUGGGACGUCAAGUGGAGCAUGUGUUUUGCUGGAGAAACUGCUCCAUAGAAAUCUCUUGCAUUUUGCUUGUCGUCAUCAUGUACAUGAAUUGAUAAUCGGUGAAGUUUUCACAGUUCUGUUUGGUCCAAGCCGGGCCCCAACAUGGAAAUGGAUGGCCAAAGUGAUCUACUGUCUCAAAAUGUAUUUGUUCCGCAAUGAAUUCAAGCUAACAGCAACUGAAACAAAAAGUUUAACUGAAUUCUGCCUAUUUGCAACCCAUAUAUAUGUGCCAGCAUGGAUGUUGUGCCCAAUACCCAGUGAUGCACCAGUCAAUGACCUGCAACUUCUGAGCAGAAUUGAACAAUACUCUGAAAUCAACAAGAAUGUAGCAAGUGCUGCCACAAAAAAGUUGAAGAAUCAUCUGUGGUAUCUCGGUACAGAAAUGGUUUGGCUGUCAUUGUUCUCAAAUAAGGUUGCAAAUGCUGAGAAGCAGUUGAUUGUGGAAGCAAUGACUGCAGUAGAUUCUGACUGGAGUGUGCGAGGUGUCAAAUAUCCUGCAACUGAACUGGAACAGGUGAAAAGCAAACCACUGCAUGAUCUGGUAUCAGGUACAUCUCGUGCUGCAUUGUUAUUACUUGGAAUGGAUGUUGCUAUCUUGCGUGAAACUGAACCAGACUCAUGGAAUGAUCUUCCUUUAUUUCAAAAAGUAGCAAAUGUUGUGAAGUCACUUAAGGUCGUUAAUGACACUGCAGAACGCACUGUGGCACUCAUGACAAAUUUUAACCAGUCUAUAACCAAAAAUGAAACAGAACUGCAAAAACUGAUACAGGUGGUGGAGGACAAUCGAACACGUAUUCCGGACUCCUCUAAGCGCACAUUAGCCAGUGCUCAAGCAGCUGCUGCUAUGUUUCGAGUCUGA